CAGCGGAGGUGAAAGACGGCGGCGGUGGCGGCUGCGGCGGCGGCGCGGGCUCCCGGCCCCUCAGCGGGAGGAUGAAGCGGCGGAACGCCGACUGCAGCAAGCUCCGCCGCCCCCUCAAGCGGAACCGGAUCACCGAGGGCAUCUACGGCAGUACAUUUUUAUACCUGAAAUUUCUGGUGGUAUGGGCACUUGUCCUCCUGGCAGAUUUUGUUCUGGAGUUCAGAUUUGAAUACCUGUGGCCAUUCUGGCUUUUCAUCAGAAGCGUCUAUGAUUCCUUCAGAUACCAGGGACUGGCCUUCUCAGUAUUUUUUGUUUGUGUAGCAUUCACGUCGAAUAUAAUUUGUCUGCUGUUCAUCCCCAUACAAUGGCUUUUUUUUGCUGCUAGCACAUAUGUAUGGGUUCAGUAUGUAUGGCACACAGAAAGGGGAGUGUGUUUGCCUACAGUGUCCCUCUGGAUACUCUUUGUUUAUAUUGAAGCAGCAAUUAGAUUUAAAGAUCUCAAAAAUUUUCAUGUAGACCUUUGUCGUCCAUUUGCUGCUCAUUGUAUUGGUUACCCUGUGGUGACUUUGGGCUUUGGCUUCAAAAGUUAUGUAAGCUACAAAAUGCGGUUAAGGAAACAAAAGGAAGUGCAGAAAGAGAACGAAUUUUACAUGCAGCUUCUUCAACAAGCCUUACCACCAGAGCAACAGAUGCUGCAGAAACAAGAAAAAGAGGCUGAGGAAGCUGCCAAAGGAUUACCUGAUAUGGAUUCCUCGAUCCUUAUACAUCACAAUGGAGGUAUCCCAGCCAAUAAAAAACUUUCUACAACUUUACCAGAGAUAGAAUAUCGAGAAAAAGGAAAAGAAAAGGACAAAGAUGCCAAAAAACAUAACCUUGGAAUAAAUAACAACAAUAUUCUACAACCAGUAGACUCUAAAAUACAAGAAAUUGAGUAUAUGGAAAACCAUAUAAAUAGUAAAAGAUUAAACAAUGAUCUUGUGGGAAGUACAGAAAAUCUCUUGAAAGAGGACUCAUGCACUGCUUCCUCAAAAAAUUACAAAAAUGCCAGUGGAGUUGUGAACUCCUCACCUCGAAGUCACAGCGCCACAAAUGGGAGCAUUCCUUCCUCAUCUAGUAAAAACGAGAAGAAGCAGAAAUGCACUAGCAAGAGCCCAAGUGCACAUAAGGACUUAAUGGAAAACUGUAUUCCUAAUAACCAGCUAAGCAAACCAGAUGCAUUAGUAAGGCUGGAACAAGACAUUAAAAAGUUAAAGGCUGACCUGCAGGCUAGCCGACAAGUGGAACAAGAGCUCCGCAGUCAGAUCAGCUCCCUCUCAAGCACUGAGCGAGGGAUUCGCUCAGAAAUGGGCCAACUCCGGCAAGAGAAUGAGCUGCUACAGAACAAAUUACACAAUGCUGUACAGAUGAAGCAAAAAGACAAGCAGAGUAUCAGCCAGUUGGAGAAAAAACUAAAAGCCGAACAGGAAGCUCGAAGUUUCGUAGAAAAGCAGUUAAUGGAAGAGAAAAAAAGGAAGAAGUUAGAAGAAGCUACUGCCGCCCGGGCUGUUGCAUUUGCCGCUGCGUCUAGGGGAGAGUGUACUGAAACCUUACGGAAUCGGAUCAGAGAAUUAGAAGCAGAGGGCAAGAAGCUCACAAUGGACAUGAAGGUAAAAGAAGACCAGAUCAGAGAACUAGAACUAAAAGUUCAGGAACUUCGAAAGUAUAAGGAAAAUGAGAAGGAUACUGAAGUGUUAAUGUCAGCCCUCUCAGCCAUGCAAGAUAAAACACAGCAUCUGGAGAACAGCUUGAGUGCAGAGACAAGAAUCAAGCUGGACCUAUUCUCUGCACUUGGGGAUGCAAAGCGACAGCUUGAAAUUGCCCAAGGACAAAUUCUUCAGAAAGACCAGGAAAUCAAGGACCUAAAACAGAAGAUAGCUGAAGUCAUGGCCGUCAUGCCCAGCAUAACAUACAGUGCUGCCACCAGCCCCCUGAGCCCCGUUUCUCCCCACUACUCUUCUAAAUUUGUGGAAACCAGCCCCUCUGGACUUGAUCCCAAUGCCUCUGUUUACCAACCCCUAAAGAAAUGAAGCCAGCUUUGUGUUUUGCUUAACCAUUUGGUUACCAAAAGGCUUCACAAAGGAAUGUCUCUGGCAGUCAAGAUAAAAAAAGUUUAUAUUGUAUUUGUGGGACUGUAUAUGUUGUCAUUUUUAAAGGGGGGGAGAUAACAUCCAGGUCCGAUUAGAACUGCCCAUCAGUUUUUCUUGUAAAUUUUUAGAAGACCUCACAGAACUUUGCAGUUUAUUUUUCUCGGCCAAUACAUUAAAACCAUUCUUGGAUUUCAA